GAAGACGGUGGAACAACAAAUGGAGCUGAUUUGAACAGUCUAGAACAUGUUGGCGAGGACUACGAAAAAGGCAAGAACAAAGCAGAUCCUGGUCGUGACAAAAAAGCAGUAGACCUUGAAGAUGCUGAGCAGGAAAGAGAAGAAGAGCAACAUCAAGGACGAGCUACAGAAACAAAAAAGCAGAGGCGGUCUUCACGCCAACGCUCCAAAGGCAAAGAAGAGGAUCUUCUCGAACAAGGAGAUGAUGAGGACGAAGUUGAUGAAGAAGACCCGGAGGAAGUCGUUCGGUGCUGCGGCAACUGCACGCGGCGGGAGAAGUGGCGCAAACGAGGGGAACGGAACACCACCUCUUUCAAGAUGCUCUCCGUUUCCCGAACCAGCGGGAAUUUGCUGGAAAGAUCCCGGGUUCACACCCUGCUCCUCAUCCUCGUUUUCGUAUCCCUACUCUGCUACGGCUCCGUGCAGCUCCUGCAAAACGAGUCCUGGUACUUCGGCGAGGGGAACUUGCGCCUCCUAAAAGUGGAGCGCAGUGUCUGGAAGUGGGACAAGGGCGGCACCUACCUCACCGCGCUGUUGUCCUGGACGUUUCUGGCUUCCACGUUGCUCGCAUUGCUCUCGGUGAGUCGGGACGGGAAGUGGCGCCAGCGAGUGUGGUGCAACCCCAUGGUGGCACUCCCGAUAGCGUAUCUCGGAGUUUUCUUCAUCUGGCCCUACUUCUCCGCGAACACGUUUUGGAACCAGGUGCUGCGAAUGAACACGGACAACGUGUUUGCCUGGUCAGAGUCAAACAAAGGUUACUACGCGCUGUUCCGCUUUUUCAACACGCGCAGCUCCGAAGUGCACUCCGCAAACUUCUGGUUCACCCGUGCCACCGAUCAAGUGACCGGGGACGGCACGACUGGGGAUUCAAGUUAUCCAAAUGAGUCCGUAUUUGACAACUUACCCGCGGGACGGAUGACGGAUUUUUUACGUUCAAUCUGCUCGGACGACGAAAACGCUGACAGUUCUUCAUCCCGCCCGGGAAACAAGACUAACACCGAUGAUCAUGAAGCCGCGACCUUCUACCACAUUACCGUGCCGCAAAGGACGCUUUACAGUGCCGUGAGCCACUUCACCCGCGCUAGUAGUUCGGAGGAUUUAAUCACGUCGACCCCGUGGCGGGUCAGUCUCGCGGGCUCGGUGGUGACAGACGGAAGCAGGGGACGAGAUGGUGCGUCGUCCGCGUCCUCUUCAUCUGCGGAUGAUUUCAUUCUAUUUGCCUCGACGUACGCGUUUGUAACGGAUACAGGAUCGCACGGCUUCGUGCAGAAACUGGCGCAAUUGCGACAGGUACUGUUCUCAGACAUGCAAACCUUGGAAAAUUUGAAAAUCAUCAAAGAUGAUGAGGGGGAUAACACGACGAGCCACGAAGUUCCUGAUCUUAAUCUACCAAGAGAAGAAACAGUAGACCCCGCCGCUGGUGUCGACGUCCUGCCGCCAGACAACUUCCUGCAAAACAUCCAGAUUCGCAUCGUCGCAUUUGAAACAAGCAGCCGAACUAAGAACUCUCCUUCGGUCAUUGAUGAAGACGGUGACGGAGGGGGGAAAAAUGGUAAUGCAGGCGGUAGCGGUACUGGUGCUCCCGCUUCCAAUAGCGGGAAGAACAACGAUGCAGACGACCAGGACCAUCCAAAGGCCCGGGCCGACCCGAUGGGUAUCGUCAUCGAUUUGAAAAAACUCGCGGAAGACCCGCUAGUAAAGAAGUUUUUAAACACGAAUCUUCCAACGGACGAAGAAGUGGUCGAUACAACUUCUCCCCGCGCUGGACAGGGAUCAAAUUCAACACCGUCACCAUCAUCAGGCCGGCAGAUGAGCAGCGGCCCUCCUCGCAGAAGUGCAGCCACUGUGUACCGGGACAGACUGGCGGACUUGAAAUCGUUUUUCUGCCAAGAGCUGUGCACGCAGUCGUGGUCCUGGGCCCCCCAGCCCAUGAAUGACGCCAUUGACGUGCACCGAUUCUACUGUUGGUACGCCAGUGUGUCGGUGGAACACCGAGGAGACGACGAGGAUAGUGACAGUGGUACUAGUAACGAAGAUGUUGAAAAUAACACCUGUUUAUUGCUCCCGCGCUUAGACCUGCACUUGCGCGCAGUCGGGCCGGACCUCCCGGGUUACAUCAAUCGCGUUUUGAUCCCCGGAUCGAAAUUCCACCGGCUGUUGACGAACGUCAGACCGCCCGUGGAAAAACUAACGGCCUGGAAAAGUAGUAGUACUGCCACUGGUGGUGGUGGUGCAGCUGGUGCGCAGAAUAUGUUGCAGUUGCAGGGUCGCAGCUAUGAACAAGCACAAAGAGGAAGAGCUGUGGGAGUCCUGGGUGAAGCAGAGGCGUCUCCAAGAGCAACUUCGUCUGGUCAUAAUUUUCGUGGUGAGUCCCAGGAAUCCGGCUUUCUACAAAAGGAAAUCGGGUAUGCAGCCGAUCUAGAAGACGUCGUUGAGCCCCCGCCAGAUGAGGAUAUUACAGAUGUUGUUGCGCUCGAUGACGAGUGGGAUGAUGCGCGUGCAGCUGCAGUUUCUGCCCGUGGUCAGCAAAUGGCUGUAGGACCCUCAGCCUCUACUUUCCGACCUGCAACUUUUGCGUCAAGGGGACAAGUCGGAGAACAAGAGCCGCGACAACCACCACAACCAUAUGGGUCGCUGCCACCCGAACAAGCGUCGUGGUCCAGACAGCAAGGAAAAGCAAUAUCGAGCUUACAGUUAGUACAGGCAGCAGAAACAAAAAAUCAAAUGAAAGUGCUAUCAAACGACUACGACAGGACGACUGAUACCCGAACGCCCGCCGAGCAGGAGCAAGACGUGAGAUACAACGGACUGGUUCUCGAGCCGAUAAAGAAAGCCGGAAGUAAUAAAACUACAUCAUCUUCAAAAAUAGAUGGUGGAGAAAAAAGUGCAGCUGACGCAGAAGAUGAAAGCCAGUACUCUCUUGCGUCGAGUACUGUCAAGAAGGUGAAAUACCGUACCUUUUUUGUGAACCGGCAUAAUGUCUUCUCUUGGUAUUCCCUCCCAGACGCGGACCCGGGGCCUCGGGCACGCAGUGUGACUGGCAGGCUGCUGGAUAACGAGGUGAGCAACACGAACAUUUCGGCGCACAGCUGGGAGUAUUGGUUGCAGCGACACCUCCCCAGCUUUUCCCGUGUCGGGGCGGAAUCGUAUUACCUACCGCGGAAGAAUUUCGACCGGCGGAAGGACAUCCAAUGGUACCCCCGCGCCUACUCCCACGUGGCCAGCAGCGGGCACGUGCCGUCUUUUUCCUUCAAGUUGCUGCUGUUCACGGUGUUAAUUGCGCUUGUCUUAAUGGCGUUGUUUCACUUGUUUUUGAAAAUUGACCCUCUGUGGAGGUGUUUCCACGGCCGGAGGGCAUAGUGAUUUUUUCACGCCGAAAACGAAAUUUUUAUCUAGGCUAGUAAGUGUUUAUUUUCCAAGAAAGGCUCGCUCGUCACGUGUAAUAGUAAUUCUAUAUGCUUUCAGGACCACAAGAAGAAAAUAUACACAAGAACACGUAAGGGUCUCAGAUCGAUGAAUGUUUUAUCGAUUGGCACUCUUGAUGUAAUUGUAUUGGAUCCAAUGUUGUCAUUCGAUGGUCUGAACAUCGGAUCGGGAUCCUCAAUCUUUAGUACGCCUCAGCUUGCGUCUUUCUGUGUGCACAGGAUUAUCUGCACAAAAUGAAAUUUACUAUGCACAGAAGUGGUGCGACUACGUAGGUACACGUAACGCAUUGAGUAGGUUCGUCAUGAUGCGCUUCAAAAACAAGAACAGACUCAGAUACCGUGUACUUAUUUUGCAAAGCUGAUUUCCUGGUGGCGUUCUUGUCCCCUUUCUUCACCACAGCUACUGGUACCGCUGCCAUGACCGAAAGAAGGGUUUUUCUAAGGUUAAUUCUUUAGCCAUACAAGAACUUUCAUAUUUUUUUAGGAAGCCCGCCCAGCAGAAGUAGAAACUCGACUUCGGUUGUGUUUGAUUAUAUUGAGCGCCAUUGGUGAUAUUGCAUAUGCUACUUGGAGUUUGUUUCCUUUCAUACACGGGCUAGUUGUACGCCCUCAGUACUAUCAUAGUAGGUACUACCCGAAGCAGCUGCAUCUGCAUGAUGAAUUCUCAACCCCGACAUGCUGCAAGAACUUUUUCCUCUUCAUAACCCUGCCUCGUCCCCGCCCCGACACGAAUCCACCUACAGAAAUAAGUGAAAAUGUGAGUCACAAGAACAACCACAACUCCUCCCACAAACACUUACAGCAAACUUCACUUCGGCAAUAGCUGCACAAAGAAUCUCGUAGUUGAUUUUUACACACGAAAUUGUUCGUGCAGUUAUUGCCAGGUGUAGACGUAGAGAAUCUUCUAUCAGUAGAGUUUGUACAAUGUCCUAACUGCAUGUCGUGCACCAGCACCCCCAUCUUUUUUUCGCACGCUGACUCUAUGAU